GCAAAGAGGGUCUUAAAUCAUCAAAUGAUACAUCACAAAACACAGGCCAGCUACUUAUUCUUGAUAUUUCUAAUGGAUUCCAGAGGUCUAAUCCUCCAUGGGUAAUUGGUCCUUCGGGUCCCAAGGUUGCAUAUCACACGGUUAGUGUGGGUGGUUCUCAGAAUGAACUCUUAGUCGUGUAUGGUGGUGAAUCCGGUGAAACGCCACCUCCUCCCAAUUCAUUAUUUUAUUUUGAUACAAUUACACAAAACUGGAGCAUUCCAAAUGUAACUCCAUCAUCACGGCGGAGAGAACAUACUGCUGUGACAAGGCUAGAAGAUGCAUCGGUUUUUUUUUUUGGCGGCAUCCCGGACUCUAGCAGUAUUGUCGUAUCAGCGCAAGUACAGUAUAAUGACUUGUACCAAUUACAAACCAGAAUCAACAUUUGGAACGUCAUAAGUCCACAGACAUAUACUCCAUCUCCAAGAUACCAUCAUACGUCUACACUACUUGCGGAUGGUAAAAUGUAUGUCAUUGGUGGGUUUUCUGGCAGUAGUAUGGUUGAUACUUCCAAUAUAUAUAUAUAUGAUACUACUAAUGGGAAAUGGGAUUUGAAGACAGCUGGCGGAAAUUUGCCAUCACCGCGUAGAGACCAUGCCGCCGUAGGAACAAAAGAUAGUAAAGUUAUCAUUCAUGGUGGCGUGGAUGUAACUUUUACUAGCUUGUUUUCAGAUAUUGCGGUCCUAGAUACAACACGAGAUCCUAUAUCUUGGAUUCCCGUUUCUGUAAAUGGAGCCAUACCUCCAGGAAGGUAUUCACACACUGCCACGAUGGUAGGGACUAACAUGAUAAUCGCGUUUGGAUAUAUGGCAAAUGAAACAGCUGAUUCUAAUAUAUAUAUUCUUGACACAACCACCUUCACUUGGACUGACACAUAUGUACCCAACAAACUGGAAUAUACGGAUACGACACCCUCUAAUAAAUUACCAAAUUCAACAGGAUCACCUGGUGUAGCAGGAGACAACUCAAAUAAAACAACAAUAAUAGUUUCCUCUGUUAUUGGUGGAUUUCUUGUUAUUAUAGCGAUUGGCUGUAUCAUAGUUUGGUUGUUUCUUCGUAAGCCCCGUGAUGAUUUUUAUGCAUCAGCUUAUUUGGUUCCACAUCCACAAAACCUAAAUCCUCGACUUCAACCUCCGAUGUCAAAUAAAUAUCGUAAUUCAUAUGCCACAACUACUAAUGAAACACACCUUUCGGCAAAUAGUGACUCAGAUGCUACCCAUGAAAAAACUUAUUCCGAAUUGUUUGACGAUAGUACGCGCGAAAUUGACAUUCAAACAACCAACAUGAUAAUUGUCCCUAAAACAAUGUUGCGUGUUAUGAAUCCUGACAAUGAUGAUUAA